UGUCGGUGUUUUACAUCUGAUAGCACAUGAAACACUCCUGUAUAUUUUCAAUAGAUUUAUUCAUCAACUUUACACAUUGCGACAUAUUUUAAAGUGUACCAUACCAGGUAGUAGCUUGGAAUUUUCUCUUGAUUUCUCGAACUUGAAGAUAAAAACUGUGUUUGGAAAAAGUGACAAAGCAAACAUGAAAAAGAUCAAAGUGAAACCGGCGGUAAACAGCAUCAUGAGAAAGAUGAGCACUCAAAAGAAAAUGUCGACGAAACAGUCGUCUACUUUAGACGAGCCUCCUGUUUACUCCGUGACGGAACCUGCUCUUCCAUCCCAACAAGUUGCUGUAUCCAUGGGUUAUGGGACGGACACGAUAGUUGCGCCAAUGUCAGAGAAACCGCCGCUACAAGAAAAAGCGUCGAACGAGCGGCCUAGUCCUUUUCUUCCAGACACAAAUGUCCAGACAUUGUGGCAUUCCUUCCGAUCCAACACAACCAUGCAUGGACUGAAAUACGCGAGUGAUAUACACAAGUACAAACUCCGAGGGGUCAUCUGGAUAGCGGCGCUGCUUUGUAUGGGUAGUUUGCUGAUAUACACUUGCGUCGACCUCUUCAACAAGUACAUACAACACACAACGAUAUCAAACAUCAAGGUAGAACUCGUGGACGAGCUGUCCUUCCCUUCCAUCACUUUCUGUAAUCUGUCACCGUACAAGAAGUCUGCACUUAACUCCGACCCCGUUAUGGACCACUACCUACUCACUUUGAGUAGAAUGACAGCCUACGUGGAACCUAUAGACUACGACCGUCCAGAAUAUAGUAACCUCUCGCGCCCUCUACCGGGGGAUUGGAUUUACAGUGUCUCCAAUACAAUAGAGGAGCUUUUCGGGGCAUGUGUUGACAUGCAAGACGUCAUGAAGCAUUGCGACGAUGUGUUAACUCCAAAGUUGACCGACAUGGGCCUGUGUUAUACAUUUAAUAGUAGAGAAUAUAUCAAGAAAAAUGGAAGCCUGGUUAGCAACAACUACCGGAAGUACCAAGUCACUCGCGUUCUACAUCAUGGCUAACCAGGAUGAAUACGUAUACAGUGAUAACAUGGGGGCAGGCAUGAAGAUUGUUGUACACGAUCCGGAUGAGGAACCUGAUACAGACAAAGGUUUCUUCGCCUCUCCUGGCUUCUCGUCCUACGCCUCUCUUCAUCUCACCAAGUACAAGUACAUGCCGUAUCCAUACCAGUCCAUGGGAGGAGGCUACUGCCUUAACACCAAAGAUGUCGACUUCAAGAACCAACUGGAAUUUCACGAGACGUACAGUCGUAAAGCGUGUCUGAGGGAAUGUAAAUACCGUUUCUUAGUCAGCACAUGUGGUUGCCAGGCAGCAACUGACUUCGCGUACUAUGGCCGGAACAUGACCCUACAGAACGCCUGUCGGUGUUCGAUUCCCUGCGAGUUUAACACUUACAGUGCCUCCGUUACCACAGCCUACUUCCCAUCCAAGCCCAACGACUACUUCUUCCAACAAAUGGGGUUCAAAGAUAUGAGGGCAAACUUUAUGGAGGUGAGGGUUUUCUUCGACACACUGAGCUACCUGAAGGUCGAGUACCAAGCAGAGUAUGACCUUGAAAAAAUCGUUGCGACUCUUGGAGGCCAGAUGGGAAUAUUCCUUGGUGCCAGUCUGCUGACACUGUCGGAACUUAUAGAAUUCCUGUUGAUGGCUGCCCUCGUGUGUUGUAAAAGAAUCACCAAGAAAAAGCGAUAAACAUAUAACACAAAGAGAGGUUUCUGCCGACAGUUUCACCUGAUUAAUCAUCACCUUUGUCAGUUUUCUUGGAAAUAUUCUGUGAUCUGUGAUCAACGAUAAGUUUGCGUUUAAGCAAUAUCGCCAUCAGGUCUUUGUACCACGCCUUCUCGACGUCAUUUCUUGCGGUGUAGUGAUCCUGAAGCGUUUUCAAAUCACAAACCCGUUAACCAUGCAUUGGAAAAUUCCACGUGUUCAAACGGAUCUUUAUGUGCUCUUUUGAAAAAUUUAAAAAGAUCAUUCGAGUUAACUGAAACUCAUAUUUCUUCAAGAUAUAUUGUUUUCAUUGGUCGAUGUAGCUCGAUUCAUCAGAAAUGUAUUGGACCGUUUUCAUUCACAAAGCCACUUCAAUAGACAACAGAGCUUAUAUAAAUAGCGUGUAUGGUGCGAAACCCAAAUCUCAUUGACUUCUCAGAGUUUUGCGCGAGAGCAAUGAACCUCAAAUGAAUCUCUUCUCGCAGUUUUUGUAUGUUGUAAUUCAUGCGGAUAUUAUUACACAAGGAACACGUGUAACAAAUGAAAAUAUUUAAGACAUUCAUAACAGUGAUUGGCCUUUUAUUAUAUCUUUAUAUAUAGAUGAUACUCCUGUCUAUGUCUUUCCCAACGAAGAGGAUAUUUUGUAUCGAACCCAUAGUACUUUCUCUGCUGUAUAUCACAUAAUGUUUUGAUGUCCCUACCAAUUCGUGUAUGAAAUAAGACAAUUACAGAUCGUAUUUGUAAUAUAUAUUAACAUAUUGAUCAGUUUUAUGAUUUUCUAUUGAUGCAACGGAUUGUGUUGUUUACUUAAUAUUCCAUGUUACUAAUUGUCCUAUAAUCUACAUCAGCUUGUGACUGAUUAUCCUACAAUCUACAUCAGCCUGUGAGUCAUUAUCCUAUAAUCUACAUCAGCUUGUGACUCAUUAUCCUAUAAUCUACAUCAGCUUGUGACUGAUUAUCCUACAAUCUACAUUAGCCUGUGAUUCAUUAUCCCAUAAUCUACAUCAGCCUGUGAUUCAUUAUCCUAUAAUCUACAUCAGCUUGUGACUCAUUAUCCUAUAAUCUACAUCAGCUUGUGACUCAUUAUCCUAUAAUCUACAUCAGCCUGUGACUCAUUAUACUAUAAUCUACAUCAAUUUGUGACUCAUUAUCCUAUAAUCUACAUCAGCCGUGACUCAUUAUACUAUAAUCUACAUCAAUAUGUGACUCAUUAUCCUAUAAUCUACAUCAGCCUGUGACUCAUUAUCCUAUAAUCUACAUCAGCUUGUGACUCAUUAUCCUAUAAUCUACAUCAGCUUGUGACUCAUUAUCCUAUAAUCUACAUCAGCUUGUGACUCAUUAUCCUACAAUCUACAUCAGCCUGUGACUCAUUAUCCUAUAAUCUACAUCAAUUUGUGACUCAUUAUCCUAUAAUCUACAUCAGCCUGUGACUCAUUAUCCUAUAAUCUACAUCAGCCUGUGACUCAUUAUCCUAUAAUCUACAUCAGUUUGUGACUCAUUAUCCUAUAAUUACCAUCAGCUUGUGACUCAUUAUCCUAUAAUCUACAUCAGCUUGUGACUCAUUAUCCUAUAAUCUACAUCAGUUUGUGACUCAUUAUCCUAUAAUUACCAUCAGCUUGUGACUCAUUAUCCUACAAUCUACAUCAGCUUGUGACUCAUUAUCCUAUAAUCUACAUCAAUUUUUGACUCAUUAUCCUAUAAUUUACAUCAGCUUGUGACUCAUUAUCCUAUAAUCUACAUCAGCCUGUGACUCAUUAUCCUAUAAUUACCAUCAGUUUGUGACUCAUUAUACUAUAAUCUACAUCAGCCCGUUACUAAUUAUCCUAUAAUCUACUUCAGAUUUCGUGCAUUUUGACAGCAAGGUAUCGUUUCUUCCAUAUAUCGAAUGGUUUAAACAAUAUGCCUCCAGGCACUGUUUUUAAUGUAACAAUGUCCUGCACUGUAAUUUCAAUUUCAAUUCGUUUAUUAACCUUGAGCUUUACAGCUCAUCAGUACAAACAUGUAUAACAAUUCAUAAAAUGAACAUUAAAUCAUACUUUUCCGUAGUUGUGUGGCAUCAUAUAUAUAUUCAUUUUUAGAUUUUAUUAAUUAAUCUGUGAAAUUCGUUGUAUAUAUUAAUUGGGUCAACUUGAAUACGGAUGCUUUUUUUCAGUAGUCCGUUUUAAUACAUCUUGAUCUUAGGGAUUGAAAGAAUUUGCAAAUUAACAGAAAGUGAUACUCGUCUUCUAUGUCGCCAGAGUUACAAAUUCUACACAGACGUUCAUUUCUUGCAAUAUAUCCAUAACGUCCUGUUUCAACAUGAAGGGUAUGUGCCGAUAGACGAAUUCUAGUCAAAGAAAUUAUAUUACGUUUUUUUUUGUUUUUUUUUUACAUAAAUAAUAUUGUAGUGAGAUGUUAUCUACUAAAUGUCAAUACAAAUUACAUUUUGAGGAACUAUCUAAUAACUUAUACAUAUCUUGUCUUGCAAUAUAAAAAAUUCACAUUUCACCGAAGCCAAGUGGAAAAAGUUUAUCUUUGACAAAAGUUACCCAAUUAGAGGCAUUAUUACUUUUUUGGCAUAUACAUUAGUUCCUCGUACGCAGCUUUGAGAUACAGUUAAUUCUUAGUGUUGAAUAGCUUAAACCAAUACUUAAUCAAAUUAUAAUGCAGUGUAUAUACAAUUGGGAAAAUAUAUCCAGUUCAAAAUAUA